GUUCUCCAAGCACUAAAGAGUUCCACAAAACGAUAGCAAGUCGUUCGCGUUCUACAAAAGUUGAUAAACACCAUGUCAGUUAUUUUAGAGACUUCUCUCGGGGAGAUUACCAUUGAUUUAUUUACUGAUGAAAGACCACGAUGUUGCUUGAACUUCUUAAAGCUAUGCAAGAUAAAGUACUACAAUUUUUGCCUAUUUUAUUCCGUACAGAGAAACCUGGUGGCCCAGACUGGUGAUCCAACAGGAACAGGAAAGGGAGGGGAAUCUGUCUAUGGAAAAUUAUAUGGAGACCAAGCCAAAUUUUUUGAGAUGGAACUAACGCCUCGCAUGAAACAUUCCAGGGCUGGUUUGGUAUCCAUGGUAAACAAUGGUCAGAACAUGCAUGGAUCUCAGUUCUUUAUAACUCUGGCUGACAAUCUGGAUUACUUGGAUGGUAAACACACAGUGUUUGGGGAGGUAGCUGAGGGAAUGGACGUCCUUAUGAAAAUUAACGAGGCAUACUGUGAUGAAGACAACAGACCCUAUAAAGAUAUCAGGAUAUACCACACAGUAAUAUUAGAUGAUCCAUAUGAUGAUCCAGAUGGACUGGAAGUUCCAAACAAAUCCCCAGAACCCACACAGGAACAACUGGAUACAGUGAGGAUAGGAGCAGAUGAAGAGAUAGAUGACUACCAGGGAAUGACAGAAGAAGAAGUGAAGGAAGUGUUAGAGGAAAAAGAAGCCAAAGCUAAUGCCCAGAUUCUGGAGAUGGUUGGUGAUCUCCCUGAUGCUGAAGUGAAGCCGGAAGAUAAUGUUCUGUUUGUAUGUAAACUUAACCCUGUCACAACAGAUGAAGACCUGGAGGUCAUAUUCUCAAGAUUUGGAACAAUAAAAAGCUGUGAAGUGAUAAGAGAUCAUAAAACCAAAGAGUCCUUACAAUACGCAUUUAUAGAGUUUGAAAAGACAGAAGAUUGUGAGAGUGCCUAUUUCAAGAUGGACAACGUGCUGAUUGAUGACCGCAGGAUACAUGUUGACUUCAGCCAGUCCGUGUCCAAACUUAGAUAUAAAGGUAAAGAUGGGCAGAAAUCAGACGAGUUAAAGGAAAAAUAUAUCAUCAGGGAUCGGACCACUAGACAAGACAAUAGAUAUGAUUUAGUUUUUGAUGAUGAUGAUGAAGGUGACAAGAAAACGAAAUCAAAGAAGAAAAAGAAACACAAGGACAGAAGGCAAAGUGAAAGUGAAAGUGACGGUGAAUCACAUAGGAAGAAAAAGAAGGAAAGAAGUAGAUCCAUCAGUCCUCAGAGAAAGAACAGACAAUCUGGGAGUCCCAUAAACAGGUCAAGGUCACCAGGGAGAAGAAAUAGAGAAGAUGAUGAGAGGGGCAGCUCUAAAAAGUCUAAAUAUAGAGAAGACAGACACAGGGAGGAUAAAUAUAGCUCAACCUCACACAGGUCAUCAGAGAGGUCAUAUGAGGAUAGAGACAGGAGAAGUGAUAGAGACAGUUAUAGAGAUUCUGAGAGAAAUAGAGAUAGGAGGAGGAGUAGAGAAAGAGACAGUUAUAGAGAUAGGGAGAGUAGUAGAGAUAAAUACAGGGACAGAAGAAGAUGAUACUGAAAAUAUGAAGGACUGUGAAGGAUAUGAAAGACUGUACAUAUAAUUUUGUAAAAUGGAUUAAAAUGAUUGAAAAUGAUUGUUUUAAGUUGGUAUGGCUCAUAAUUACAAC